GUAAGAUGGCGGCGGCAGCAGUAGAAGCGCCAGAGCUCUGAGCGGAGUGCGCGGCAGGCGGACGUGCGCUCGCCCCUCCUCCCCACGCCACCUCUAUGUUGUGGCUCUUGCUGCGGGCGGGGGCUGCGGACCUGCGGUGAGGGGGAAGCCCGAGCCUGCGUGCCUCGCAGCCGGCCAGUCGGCAGAGGCGGGAGGUGUUGGUGACACCCGCGGGCGCGAGCGGUGCCGCUCAGGUAGAGCCCGCCGCUCCCGUCCCUCAGCAGGAGGAGGCUGAGACUGCUCUGGGUGGGGGCCGUUUCGACUUUUCCCUGCUCGGCUGGCUACGGUUCUGGUCUCCAUGUCGGACAACCAGAGCUGGCAUUCCUCCGGCUCCGAGGAGGACCCUGAGACCGAGCUUGGGCUGCCUGUUGAGCUUUGCGGGGUGCUUAGCAAGUGGACCAACUAUAUUCAUGGGUGGCAGGAUAGAUGGGUAGUCCUGAAAAGCAACACACUCAGUUAUUACAAGUCUGAAGAUGAAACCGAGUAUGGCUGCAGAGGCUCUAUCUGUCUGAGCAAGGCUGUGAUUACACCCCAUGACUUUGACGAAUGCAGAUUUGAUAUUAGUGUAAAUGAUAGCGUUUGGUACCUCCGAGCUCAGGACCCAGACCACAGACAGCAGUGGGUAGAUGCAAUUGAACAACACAAGACUGAAUCUGGGUAUGGCUCAGAGUCAAGUUUACGACGUCAUGGCUCCAUGGUGUCUCUUGUUUCUGGAGCAAGUGGAUACUCUGCAACAUCGACCUCUUCGUUCAAGAAGGGCCAUAGCUUACGUGAGAAGCUUGCAGAAAUGGAAACCUUUAGAGACAUCUUGUGUAGACAAGUGGAUACUUUGCAGAAAUACUUUGAUGCCUGUGCAGAUGCUGUUUCCAAAGAUGAACUCCAGAGGGAUAAAGUGGUAGAAGAUGAUGAAGAUGACUUCCCUACAAUGCGUUCUGAUGGGGAUUUUUUACAUAAUAGUAACAGCAGUAAGGAAAAAUUGUUUCCAAAUGUGAUACCCAAAGGAAUUAAUGGCAUAGACUUUAAAGGAGAAGCUAUAACUUUCAAGGCAACUACUGCUGGAAUCCUUGCCACUCUCUCUCAUUGUAUUGAACUCAUGGUAAAACGUGAAGAAAGCUGGCAAAAAAGGCUAGAUAAGGAAGUAGAGAAAAGGAGGAGAACUGAAGAAGCUUACAAAAAUGCUGUGACAGAACUGAAGAAAAAGUCCCACUUCGGAGGGCCAGACUAUGAGGAGGGUCCUAAUAGUCUGAUUAAUGAAGAAGAGUUCUUUGAUGCUGUUGAAGCUGCUCUUGAUAGACAGGAUAAAAUGGAAGAACAGUCCCAAAGUGAAAAGGUUAGAUUACACUGGCCAACAUCCUUACCUUCUGGAGAUGCAUAUUCUGCUGUGGGGACUCACCGGUUUGUCCAAAAGCCCUAUAGUCGCUCUUCCUCCAUGUCUUCCAUUGAUCUAGUCAGUGCCUCUGAUGAUGUUCACAGAUUCAGCGCCCAGGUGGAAGAGAUGGUACAAAAUCAUAUGACAUACUCUUUGCAAGAUGUAGGAGGAGAUGCCAAUUGGCAGCUAGUGGUAGAAGAAGGAGAAAUGAAGGUAUACAGAAGAGAGGUGGAAGAAAACGGAAUAGUUUUAGAUCCUUUGAAAGCAACCCAUGCUGUUAAAGGGGUAACAGGGCAUGAAGUCUGCCACUACUUCUGGAAUGUUGAUGUUCGUAAUGAUUGGGAAACAACAAUUGAAAAUUUCCAUGUUGUGGAAAAUUUAGCUGAUAAUGCAAUCAUCAUUUACCAGACACAUAAGAGGGUGUGGCCAGCUUCUCAAAGGGAUGUGCUGUAUUUGUCUGCCAUCAGAAAGAUACCAGCAUUCAGUGAGAAUGAUCCUGAAACGUGGAUUGUGUGCAAUUUCUCUGUGGAGCAUGACAGUGCCCCUCUGAACAAUCGCUGUGUCCGUGCCAAAAUAAACAUUGCUAUGAUCUGUCAGACAUUAGUAAGCCCACCAGAGGGGAACAAGGAAAUAAGCAGGGACAACAUUCUAUGCAAGAUUACCUAUGUAGCUAAUGUAAACCCAGGAGGAUGGGCACCAGCAUCAGUGUUGCGAGCAGUGGCAAAACGUGAAUAUCCCAAAUUCCUGAAGCGUUUUACAUCAUAUGUGCAAGAGAAAACAGCAGGAAAGCCUAUUUUAUUCUAGUACUAGCAGCGAUCAGAAGACUGGGUGAGCAUUCCACGUUGGAGACGUGACCAUGCAUAAAGCACUCCAUGCUGGAACGAAGGAUCUACAGUCUUACGGCCCAAGUUCUAGGCUUUGUGUACUGAAGUGAAGAAGUGUUGCAGCACCACAAGGCUAAAUAUUUAACCAUAUCUCUCUCCUGCUAACUUUUUCUUGCUCAAUCAGUGUGUAAUUUUAAAUACAUGUACUGAUAACAUGUAUAUGGCUCUAUUUUUAUUUGCUUGCUUUAGAAGAGGAAGAACACUUACAACUUUGAAUCACCAGUGUAGAUUACUGCUUUAAUUUUAAACAAGCUUCAGAGUUUCACAGUCUGCCUUACUGAGUUACUCACGCAGUUUUUGUGCAUGUCUAAAAAGCACAAGAGACAAACUCACACAGAGCAUACUGUAUGUGCUUUGUAUGCACAAAACUACGUGGUAUUUUAGCGGGGAGGGACUUCAGUAAAGCCUAGGUGACUUAUUGGCAGGUUUCAUUUUGCUUCGUAUAAUCAUAAUUCAUUGCUGCUGGUUUCUGUAAUGAAUCAUCUUGUUACAUAAACUGUCAGUUGAUAACUGAGGGCUGUCAAUAUCCUUAUGACUUCGCCUUUUCUAUUGUCUUACUCUUAUGAUGACCAUUGGUUCUGAAGGAGUAAGAGUGUGAAAAGCUUUAUUUUUUCCAGAUAUCUUUAUAUUUCUAUUGUAUUUUUUAGUUAUAUAAUAUGUGCU